CGCUAACGACACACAGACGAAAUAAAAUUGCCAACCAUACACGUAGGUGUAGUGGUAACACUUGAGAUCGUCAGAGGAAUUUCCCGAUUAUCUUUCCUUGCUAUGUAUUCAGAUUUUUGAAUGGUGAACGAAAUCUUAAUAUAAAUAACCACUGACAGAGCACAGGCUUACAGUGAAUAUAAAGUUGUUAAAGCGUGUCUUUGUAAUAUAAGUUCCUGCAUAUUUUAGUGAUGUAACUAGGAUUUUUUUAAAGGAUAUCUCUUUAGUGUAGUAAAAUGAGGUGAAGGAUGGGCAAAAAAUUCUAGAGAGACGUAGAUUUCUAUUUCCUAUGUGAUCAGUUCAUAAACUCGUUCUGUGGAUACUAGAAGAUAUAAACAUGCUGAGGUAAAAAAAAAGUGAAAGAUCUUCCAUAGAAAAACCAAGAGAAGAUGGAGCUCACUGUGCUGAUUGUGUGUUGUGUUCUGGCAACAGUGUCUAGCAUAACGGCAUCUACAGUAACUGUAUCCUAUGCAACGUCAACGAUGAGUUCGACGUCGUCAACAAUGCUGCAAAGUAAUGUUACUUCCAGCGAGAAUACCACACAGACGACCAACACGACCUCGGUGAAUAUGACAUCGCCAGCAAACACCAGCGAGGCGACAAACACAACCACACAGCCGUCAAGCAGUCAAAGCUCAACAGCCACCACGUUAAACACAACACAAACCUCCAGCACGAUUUCAACAACUUCUGAAUACUCUGCUCAAGGAUCAUCCUCAUUAGUGACCACCACACCAAGUCCAACAACAACACUAACUCAGACGUCAGCUAUACCAUCAAUUACAUCCUCACCAGCCCCUGAAUCAACCUCAAUCUCAUCACCAGCCCCAACAGCAACUUCAACACCAGUUACAACCUUAGCACCAACUACAUCAUCGACAGCAACAACAACAGUCCAAACAUCCAUUCCGACAAACAUUCUAAUCCCCACAACCCUUCCAACAACCACCACAACAACCUCGCAGCCGACAACAACUGCAUCAGUUAUGAGUAAUAUAUUGUCGAUGAACGUCACAGCAGCAGCUUCUCAUUAUGCUUAUUUUGAAUGCAAUUCUACCCUGCUUAAUUCGUUUUUCGCCUGCCUUUGUGGCACAUCCUAUCAGUGCAGAAUUCCCCUGACUUUCCGUCAAGGAUCUAAUUACCUUUAUGACCCAGGCGAAGUUGAACAAAGCGGCCAAACCUCCUCUAAUGAAAUUUUUAUUUGUAGAAUUGACGACCUAAAUUCUUUACAGCGUACAUAUUUGAACUGCAGUCGUGGGCAGACUUCUUGUGGUAACUGCGGACAUUUUAAUUUCACAUCCAGCCAGUGCAGUGGUCGAUCAACACAAGUCAAAUGGAGUGUUAUACAGUCAGUGAAACUAGGGUAUUAUUCAAACAUUGUUAAUAUCGUCUGCGACUCUUCCAAUGUGCAGUGCGCCCAGGCAACACCACCGCCUGCCAAUUCUGGCACCACUACCACCAGCACCGUUAAAUCAGACGCCUUAAUCCAGUCAGGUGAAACCGGAAAUACCGGUCUAAUUUUAGGUCUGGUCUUCGGCUUCCUUGUCUUAGCUGUCGUCGUUGCCAUGGCGAUAUUUUGGUGGAAACAGCGCAACGACAAAAUGAGAGGAUCCACAGUUUUUGACGACGACUCCACCCCAGCACAAUUCACUAACGGCUCCACCAAUGAUUACGUCACUUCCUCUACAUCCUCCGCAAAAGCCAACAACGCCAGGCCUUAUGUUAACAUCGGGGUUAAAGAUGGCCGAAACGGUUCGGGAAUUUCCGGUGAGUACAACGCAGGGUACCAGGAGGUCGAGUUGUUAGCCCAUCCGGGGACGGGCAACGGGAAAGCCCCACCCCACCCACAAGACCCGGGGUUGAAAACAAAACCAGAUCUAAACUUUAACCAAACGGACGAACCCGACGGAGAAGACGACAGCGAUUCCUCCUGGUCAGACGAAUCCGAACAAGAAGACGAUACGGAACCGAACAACGAAUACAGCAGGCUAGGAAACAUCGCCGCCAGACAAAAUCUUAACGACUACGGUGCAGCCAACUCUCCCUCCUCCAACUACAAUCUAACAGCCACACCCACUUCCGGUCAACAAUCUCGCGACUUGCCACACCCACCCCCUCAGGUGAUAGAGCUCUCUACCCCCGGGGUUAAACUAAAAAACGACUACGACUACCCUACCGUGUCGUACCCUCGUGAAUCUAAGAUCUACAACGAGGUGGACGACGAAGAAGAAGGAUCCGCACAGCGAAAUAGCGAGGUCUAUACUACGAUCAACGAGACACAACUCCCAGAGCCGCAGUCUAGGGGCAGCAACUACAACCCUUACUUCGAGCUGGAUAUAGACUCCAUGUGUGGUUCCAAGAGCGGCACUUAGAUUGUCUAACUUUGUUGACUAUACUGUAGAUAACAAUGACAUUUAAAAUCUAUAUUUUAAAGAGCGACACAUAGGUUAUAUACAUUUAUGUGACGAUAUAUUAGAUAACAUUGAAAUGUUCAAAGAGUGGUGAUUUGGUUAUCUAACCUUAUGUGACGAGGGUCUAGAGAGCAAGGAAUUGUUAACUUUGUGCAUAAUUCAAAAAGUGACCCUUAGCUUAUCUACCCUUGUGUGACGUUCCAAUAUGUAACAACGAAUAUUUUCAAUAUUUUGCAAAGGUUGUUAAUAAUCGUGUAUGUACUGAUUAGUAUUUUAUUGUUUAUUAAUGGAAAGGUUCAAAAAGACAAAGUUAUACAAUCCAUGUAGAAUAUAUGACGCAAAGAACGAUAGUUAUAUUAUCUUUUGAUAACAAAUACCAGUUUAAUUGCUUGUAUAUUCCGGGUUCAAAUCCUGGCGAAGACCCCAUAUCCAGGAAUUUCUAAUGAGUACAUAACCCACGGUAGGAAAGUAAAGACGGCUGAUUACAUUAUACCUUAAUAUAUCGAGUUCAUGGAAACAGGUAAAUCUACUUCACUUGCUGCACGGACCAGAUAGGUUCGAAACGGUAGCUGCAGGAAAUAUUGACAGGGAUCAAAAGCUGUUUGAGAUAUAUAUUUAAUUACAGUAUUUUACAUUAAAUAAAGUUUUUUAAAAUUGUUUAAUAUAUCAGAAAAAUCAACUGAAUAUAUUGUGAUUAUCAAAAAUCAGGGAAUACUCUUCAAACUUUGUUUGAUUGUCAAUUGUCAGUUUCGAAUUCUCUAUAUUAAAAUAAAUGUAUAUAAUAUAAUAUAUAAUUGUACACAUCUGUAUAAACAGUGAUACAUAUUAUUUUAUUUGCGAAUGAGUAUGAGUGUUUAAAGCUUUUAUUAAACAGUGUCUUAACUUAUAUCAAGCAUAACUGCAUUAAUUUUAAUACGCUAUGUUUUACUAUGUCAUUAUUGAAGUGUCAUCAUUUUUUCAUUGUGGGCCAAUACACAAGGGGCCGUCGCAGAAAGCUCCCUAUACUUGUGUCAGUCACCGGGAAUUCUCCCGGCAGUCCCCCAUGACAGUCCUGCCUCUGCCAGCUGCUUCCACGCUGUGCCCCCCCCCCCCCCCCCCCCCCCCCCACGUCUCACGUCUGGUUAUUUGAGUGUAAUUUGAGAAAUAUAUUUAUCUUUACUAACGACAUACAGAGAAUGUUAUUUUUUU